AUGUCAAUUCUGGCAAAGAAUACUCAAAAUCGCAACCUACAAAGCUACAAGGACUUUCUGGCAGCAGUAAACGCCGAGGAAUACUUUGAGAGUUGCUUGUUCUACGGUGAGCCAAGGAAUAGUGAAGUACUGAAUUUAUUCUUACGCGCUGCUACUGAACACUUUAGGAAACCCGUUAUAAUGCAAACUGUCAAUAAAACCAACCAAGAAAUCUCAAGCAGGUUUAAUAGGGAUAUGCUUAUCGUCGCACAGCUCACAGAUUUUAAGACGGUACUACCGACACUCGCCACGACACUCGAACGCAUGCGACAGAAACGUAUAAUACUCAGCAGCGCUGAGCGUCUAACAGACGAAACAGUGGAAACGUAUUUGCGGCAAGUUUUCCGCUAUUGCGAGGCGGAAAAAUUACUCAAUGUAGUCCUAAUCUUUGACGAUUUUCCCGAAACAAAGUUAUUCUACAGUUAUAGCAUAUUUCCGAGUUUCGAAUUGGAGGUGAAAUUAUUUGGUACUAACGGUAUGGCGGUGUUUCCACGACGCAUGUUAGACCUACAAGGUUACGGUAUACGCACGGUACCCGAUCAAAUAUUUCCAUGGUCAUUCACGUAUGAGCUCGAUGGUCAGGUGAAGAUUGGUGGAUAUGUGCAACAGCUUAUGGAGAUGUAUGCAAACUACCUCAAUGCCACGCUCACUUAUCCAAUAGCGGUAUUACUCAAUGACGUCGCGUUUGCCGCCAAUAUAGACGAACUCAUGGCCAGCAACCAGCUCGAUAUACCGACGAGUCGCAAGUUCAUUGAACUUGCAAAAAAUUUCGAUGAGGCGUCAAUACCUUUUGGUGUUAGCAGCUUGCACAUUAUGGCGCCGAUUGUGAGACAUCAUUUCUUUUGGAGUUUUCUCAUCAUCUAUGGCAACUGGCGACAUCUGAUAUUUUGGCUACUCAGUUACUCGUCGUCCGUUAUGCUGUUCUGUUUAUGUAGACAUUUGCAAUACAUGCUCGUCGGCCGGCGAUCUCACAGAAACUUUUUCGCCGCACUGCUCGAACCCAAUUAUUUAUCGGCGAAUUUCGGCGUAGUGCAUCACUUGGUCACGUUGCGUUUGAUAAUCUGUGUAUCGGCCGUGUGCACCUUAUGCCUUUACACAGACUUUACGGCCCAUCUAAAUACGUUUUUGACGAAGCCGGCAAUGGUACGCAAUCCGCGGAGUUGGCAUGAUUUGGACGUAGAUGGCCACAAAGUUCUCUUUUCUAAACGGUACUACGCUUAUGUCCGUAUGUGGUGUGAGGAGGUAUGUGCGCAAAUAGAGCGAUCUCUGGAGAUUAUCGACUCUCCCGAGAAGUUGCGCGAACUGCAACUAGGCUUUAACACCAGUUACGCUUACCCGAUUGACGUAUUUUCCUGGCAUUUGUUCAAACUGCAAAUGCGCAAGCUGAUGCAACCGAUUUUUCGUAUGACAGGCAUCUGUUUGAAGCCGAAUUUAUUCCACUGCUUCCAUCUGCAGCGAAAUUCGAUCUUCAAAGAGUCUCUGGAUCUGUUUCUUACACGCAUUGUGGAUCAUGGUUUGCAAGAACAUUUGAUUUACAUGACAUAUUUGGAGGCGGUGCGCUUUGGUGUGAUUAAAAGUUUUUCACGCGGCGAUCAUGUACUCGAACAACCGCUUGAUAUGGCAUAUUUUUCUUUCAUGUGGCCCUUCUUUGGCUUUGCUUGGACGCUGGCUUUUAUCAUAUUUGCGAUCGAAUUGGUUAGUGUACGCUGGCGAAAGUGGAUUCCAAGAGAGAAAAAACGUUGA